UUCUAGAACGGGAAGUGUCGAUCAGUUGCCGUGCGAGCGCGUGCCCCAGCCGAGAGCAACAGCCAAAGGAAUAUAUAUAUAUACAUAUAUACACACAGCUAUAUAUAUAGGAUAUACAAAUCAUCACGCACUCAGACGCGAUAAGGAUAUUCCGUCGUGGCAAAGCGCAGGAAAAUGCCAACUAUAACCGAGGACUGCAUCGAUGGCUUUCAACAGUAUUACUCGCGGCCGCCGGAGAUGCCCAAGAAUAAGUCCUUCAAGCAGAUGAUCUACGACGACGAGGAUAGCUCGUAUUUCGGCAGGACUAUCGAGAGCUGGGCUAAGAUCGGCAUAUUCUAUAUAAUUUUCUAUGGCGUGCUCGCCGCAUUGGUGGCCAUAUGCAUGUGGGCCUUCUUUCUAACUCUGGACCCACGCAUACCCAAAUGGAAAUUGGAGAGCUCCAUUAUUGGCACAAAUCCAGGUCUCGGCUUUCGUCCACUGCCGCCCGUUGACAACGUGGAGAGCACUUUGAUCUGGUACAAGGGCACUCUGCCUGAGAACUAUAAACAUUGGACGGACUCUCUUGAUGAAUUCCUGGCAGUGUACAAGGUGCCCGGCUUGACACCGGGACGUGGUCAGAACAUCUACAACUGCGACUACAACCAGCCCCCACCGAGAGGUCAGGUGUGCGAUGUGGACAUCAAGACCUGGGCACCCUGCACCAAGGAGAACAACUACAGUUACCACAAGAGUUCGCCAUGCAUUUUCCUCAAGCUGAACAAGAUCUACGACUGGAGGCCCGAGUUCUACAACAGCUCGCAGAACUUGCCCAAAGAGAUGCCCAGCACUCUGAAGACCUAUAUAUCUGAAUUAGAGAAGACCGAUCCGAUCAAGCUAAACACGAUUUGGGUUUCCUGCGAGGGCGAGAACCCUGCCGAUCAGGAGAAUAUUGGCGUCGUCAAAUACUAUCCGAUACGCGGCUUUCCCGGUUAUUUCUAUCCCUAUCAAAACUCUGAGGGCUAUCUGAGCCCACUUGUCGCAGUUCACUUUGAGCGUCCCAAGAGCGGAAUUAUCAUCAAUGUGGAGUGCAAAGCCUGGGCACGCAACAUAAAGCAUGAUCGCAAGGACAGAAUUGGAUCGGUGCACUACGAGCUAUUGAUUGAUUAAUUGGCUCGAUACACUAUAUAUAAUAUAUAUAUAUGGCAACUAAUAGACGCUCGUUUGUCUAAUGUAGAAGGAAAGACAACAACAACAACAACAAAAACAGAAAAAAGAACACCAAAACGAAGUUUUUUCCUAAGAAAUAAUAUAACAUAUAUUAUACAAAAACAAAAAAAAAAACAAAUUACACCGAAAUGAAAAAGAAAGUUAAACAGAGUUAAAAAUAACAGCAAACAUUUUUGGAUACAAGACAAUUUUUGAAUGUAGCUUCUUCUUAUACAACAUAAAUAUAUAAAGCAAACAAAAACAAAAAA